AUGGCUACGGCGCCAGUGGGACAGCUCACGAAUUCUGCCGACAUUCAACACUACAAUGCCGGCCCAGUGACCACUAUCUUCACACCUCCCGAUUCCUGUUUUGGGACCACCAAGAUAUUUACGAGGACCUUCGGAUCCGACACCCUUUCAGUGUCUACUUGGGGCGGGAUCAUGACCUACAGAGAUACUGGUGGGUGGAUACUGCAGAGUUUGUGCCUUCCGACAAGCACUACAAGUGUGGAUUACGGGUUCUUCUUCUACUCCCCGGCAGUGUGUCCCCAGGGCUUCUCUUCGGCAUGCGGGCCGACAACAAUGAAUGGCAAUAUAUUCUAUAGCACUGUCGGUGUUAGUCUCAGUAGUGGAACAACACAAGCCUUGUGCUGCCCCUCUGGCUUCACCUGCGAUACUACCAACUACAAUUAUUCGCCGUCUUGCCUACGCACCGUGUCUGGCGAUAUGAGCAACGCGGAUGUCUCAACCACCGGCUCGGGCAGCAGCGUCUUCUUCGUUGUUCUCACAGCUACAUCCUUCUUGGCGCCUAUCGAUGUAUACGCUCCAGCUAUUCCAGUUCUUUGGGAGGCCACUGACAAGGAAGUACUGUCUCUAAUGGCGAUAACGUCUAGAACUGCCUUAUCGAGUAUAGGAAGCGUUACCGCUGUGCCGUCUUCCACGAUUGCUAAGACGACUGCAACGGCCACAACCAAGCUUGUCUCUACAAAUACAACCAAGCUUGUCUCUACAACGUCGUCCCUCGCUCCUUCGGCUACCCCCUCAAACGAUGUAGCAAUACGCCAACAAAAAGGCGGCCUCUCCGGAGGCGCAAAAGCUGGCAUUGCAAUUGGUGUUAUUGCUGGUGUGUUCAUGCUGAAAGCUGUGCUGUUCCUCUUCGUACGGAAUCGGAGGUGGGGGAGGACCGGAGAUCUGCACGCCUCAAACGAGAACGGAAACAAUCCCAAUCUUCCCGAGUUGCUUUCGCCGCUCUCUACAACAGAGGAGAAACCAACCAUACUCAACAUGGACCCGACCGCUGCUCCUACCAGCUUGGGCGCGCAAGCACCAUCCCUCCAUGAAUCCUCCCAUAUAAUGGACGGUCAUGUCAACGAAAGACCUGCUUAUAAUGAUGAGGAAGCUUCCAGUCACGCCCGGAGUUCAUCGAGAUCGUCCAGUGUCCCAGCCUCCGUGGAACUACCCACCCAAGUAAACACGCAUGAGAUAGGAACGGACCACCGCAGGUCCCUGGAUUCGGCAUCGGCAGUUGACCCUGCUGAGUACUUCCCUGCUGAUGAUCAUCCGAGCGCCGCGCCACAGGCUCGCGCGGAUUCAAUCCAAUCUACUCAGGUCGACUCCGCUCAUCUUGAAUUUCUCCGCGCUCGCAUUGAUGCUGUACGGGCGGAAAGGGAGCGGCUGAAUCGGCUCGCGGAGCUGGAGACGCUGGAAACACAGCUCCAGAGAGAGAUUUUAGAAGUGCAGAGGAGGGAGAAUGAGGUGGAAAGAGACGGGCCAUAA